CCCUCAACUGUCCAGCACCCUCCACAUAAAUGCCCUUCUUCUUCUUCUUCUUAUUUUCCUAACCGGGCUUAAAUAUUCCUCGACAGUUGACACUAAAGUUUCCCAUUUCCCAUCUCAAAUCAUACACACUCUGAAUCUCUGCUGAGAUGAAACCCAUUACCGGUUUUUUCUUGGCCUUUCUGCUCAUCACAGCUUCUAACUCCCUAGCUUUCCGUCUCGGAUCCGAUGGAUCGUUCUCAGCCCAGCUCAGCCACUCCAAUGGCAAAGACAACAACAAAGGAGGUGGUGGUGGUGGUGGAAACGAUGGUGGCAUGGGCGGGUUCUUUGGCCCCGGAGGCGGGUUUAACAUACCCGAUUUCGGGAAAGGGUGGGGAGGAAAUGGUGCCGGAGGCGGGUACGGAGGCGGGUAUGGAGGUCCUAGUGGAGGGCACUCCAAGGGUGGUGUAAUAAGGCCUACGGUGGUGUGCAAAGAAAAGGGCCCGUGUUACAACAAGAAGCUGACGUGUCCAGCCAAGUGCUUCACCUCCUAUAGCCGGUCAGGGAAGGGUUAUGGAGGCGGUGGCGGUGGCGGUGGCUGCACCAUUGAUUGCAAGAAGAAAUGUAUUGGCUAUUGCUAGAUGGUUAUUAUGAACAUAUGCAGCCGGGUACCACCGGUAAUAGUUCCUAUAUAUGAUCAGUAAUGGUAGCUAUAGAUCAGUAUGAGAUAUAUUUUGUGAUAUGCCUAUGUAUUAUCUAUAUCUAUAUCUAUAUCUAUGCUGUUGGUGUAAGAUCAGUUUCUAUGCUUAUUCAGCAAAAAAAAAAAAAAGAGGAGUUUUUUUGGUUGUUUUCUCCAAUAUGAAUAUCCUAAUCCUCCCUCUUGGGGCUGUAGGAUUUAUAUAUAUAUAUAUAUAUGAUAACAAAUAAAAAGUGGAGAAUAUGGAGUGGCUUAGUUA